AGAACCAAUGUUGAUACUGUUUGUUUCCAUAUAGUUAACAACCUAAAAAGUGAACAUGCCAACUGAUUACCGAAGAUUUAAUGGGCCCGAAGAUAGUAUUUCAUAUAACCGUUUUACUAAAGAAUAUUUGAAAAGUUAUAAAGACUUGCACAAAGAUUUAAUUGACGAAAAUGGACUUCGAAAAGACGGGCGCUCCUUGGAUGAGGCGCGAAGCUUGCAGAUGUUCUUUGGCCGUACCGAUAUGAUCUCACAAGCGAAAGGUUCGUCAUACAUAGAACUAAAGAAAACAAAAGUUGUGUGUUCCGUUUUCGAUCCUAGGGAAAUUGUGCACCAAAAUGAAUUUUGUGCACUUGGCCAACUCUAUUGCGAAGUUAAAUUCGCGCCAUUUUCGUGUCCUCGACAAAGACGGCCUCUCGCUCCUGACUCCGAAGAAAAAGCAUUAUCAGUAGCUCUUAGAAAAGCUUUAGAACCGUCAGUAUGCAGGCAUCUAUUUCCUAACUAUCAGAUAGACAUAUUUGUAUUCAUUCUGGAACAUGAUGGAUCAUGUUUAGCAGCAGCAAUAACUGCAGCUGGUUUAGCUCUUGUAAAUGCCGCUGUUCCCAUGUAUGAUAUAAUGACUGCUUGUUCUGUGGCUAUAAUUGGUGACCAGAUGUUUGUAGACCCUACGGAAGCUGAAGAGAAUGUUGCAAUAAUGAACCCAGAGAAAAAUGACAUAAAUAAUGGACUCAUUACAAUGUCAAUGAUGCCAAAUUUAAAGCAAAUUUCAGAUUUCAGGCAGAUUGGCUCAAUAAAUUUUGACUGUAUUAUGAAAACUAUGGAAAUAUUACAGAAAGAAUGUUUAAAAUUCCUUCCAAACAUUCAGCGGAUUUUAGUUUUAAAUGUUAGGAACUGUUUUGCACAGCAAAAGUUAUUGGACAAGGAGGCAAAAGAACGGGAAGCAGCUCUCAAUGCAAAAAUGGAGGACAACAAUCUAAUAAGUGUCGUCGAAAAUUUAGAAGGAUUGAAGUAUUUAGAGGAACUACACAUUGAAAAACAAAAUAUUGCCAAUUCAGAUGCCCUGUGCUUUGACCCAAAGACAAUGAUAUCUAUUGGGGCGUCUUUGAGAAUUUUGAACGUGUCUGAGAACAAAAUUUCCGAGGUGACUUGGGCUAAACCUUUACGUCGACUAGAAGUUCUAAUUGCCAAAAAUAAUAAAUUAGAAAUAACAGAGUCCAUAGCUGAUGAUCUUUGUACGUUAGUUUGUCUCGUGGACGUCAACUUUAUUGGUAAUCCGAUAUGUAAAAAGCAUCGAUACAGAGAAAUUAUAAUUGCAAGAUGUGCACCAUUACGUAUUUUAGAUACCGUAGCAAUCCAUAGCACUUCAAGAACAUUUUUACAAAACUUUGACAAAGUUGUGAGAUUACGACAAUUAAACGAGAAAAAUAAAAUAAGCAUGACUCGUCAAGGCGUCGAAGAUUUCUUCGAUUUAAAUAUGUUAACCGGACCGCGUGCACAAAGCGCUUUGUCUAUAUCAGAAUUUUCUAAUCAGAAACCAAGACUUUCAGCAAUAGAUUCAUCAUAUACAUUUAUGCCUCGUGCUUUUUGGCGCAAUAAGACAUCUCCUUCACCUCGCGAUGAUGUACCACCUAUGGAUCCUCCUUCUCUAGCUAAGCAACCAAACAUGGAACCCCAAGGAUCUGCCAUCAAAGGAAUACUUAAAAAACCUAUGCCCAUGAAAUAUAUUUAAAAAAAUAUUUGAAGG